AUGUCCCUGACCGUCCUGUCCGACGAACAGAUCCGGGGCCUGCUCGAAUCCCUCAGCCGCGACGAGGCCGAGGGUUUCGUGGCCGCGCUCCGGGAUGCCCUGCACGAGUAUUCAACGGGCACGCAGUCGUUGGAGGAUGGCGUGGUCCACCAGCCCGAGCGCACCGUCGUGCACUCGCGCACCACCGGCGCCACCACGCUGUUCAUGCCGUCCUUCAGCACGUACGGCCACGCCGUCAAGGUCGUCACCGUCGGGUCGCCCGACGCCGACCCGGCGCUGCCCGCCAUCAAGCCCACCGGCUCCGUCACGCUGUUCUCGCCGCGCGGCGAGGCGCUCGGCUUCCUGCACGCGCAGACGCUGACCGCGUUCCGCACCGCGCUCGCGUCGUCGUGCCUGCUCGUGCGCCGCGCCUGCGUCCGCACGCUCACCGUCUUCGGCUCCGGGCUGCAGGCGUACUGGCACGUGCGGCUGGCGCUGAUGCUGCGCGGCGACACCGUGCGCCAGGUGUACAUCGUCAACCGGCGCUUCAGCGACAACGCGCGCGGCAUCCUGCAGCAGCUGUACGGCGUGCCCGCCGAGACGCGCCGCCGCGAGGGCUGGGACCAGGCCCGCUUCAGCCUGCUGACCCCCGGCUACGGCGAGUACGACCGCCUCGCGCGCGAGCACCUGCGCGCCUCCGACGUCGUCUACUGCUGCACCCCCAGCACCGCCGACCUCUUCGACGCCGCCGCGCUGACCGACCGCGACGCCCGCCGCAAGGGCCGCCUCAUCGUCGCCGUCGGCAGCUACACCCCGCGCAUGCGCGAGCUGCCCCGCGACCUGCUCCUCCAGGCCGUCCGCCCGCACCACCCGGGCCACCACCACCACCACCGGCACGCGCCCGAGGGCGGCGUCGUCGUCGUCGACACCCUCGACGGCGUGCUUAAGGAGGCCGGAGAGAUCAUCGAGGCGGGGUUGCAGCCGAAGCAGCUCGUCGAACUCGGCGAGCUCGUCAUGAUCCAUCGACUCGCGCGUGAGGAGGAAGAAGCGCUAGCCGCAGCGCAGCAGCAGAGCGCGAGCGAGGCCGGGCCCUCGGCGCCGACGUCAGCGUCGUCGUCGUCGUCGGUCGACGAGGCGCUCGAGAAGCUGGACCUGGCGGCGCCGGCGGGGCACGGGGCCGAGCCCGCCGCGGCCGGCACCCGCGACGGCCAGCUCGCGCGCUGGCUCGCCGUCGGCAACGUCGUGUACAAGAGCGUCGGGCUCGGCCUCAUGGACCUGGUGGUCGGCUUCGAGGUGGUGCGGCUCGCGGCGCGCCGCGGCGUCGGCACGCGCGUCGACGGGUUCGCCGGGUCCCCGCCGCCCCCCGCCGCCGCCGUCGCCGACGCGUCCGCCCCUGCUGCCCUCGCGCCUACCCUGGCCCCGGCUCCGGAGCCGGCUUCGUAG